AUGGAAAAACCGCCGACCUUGGAUCUGUACGACGAAACCACCGAUCCUGACGAUCAUAUCCGGAGCAUCGAAGCCGUUAUGGAUUACCACGUCGUCAAAGGUUCCAUUAAAUGCCGCAUCUUUCCGACCACACUCAGGAAAGGAGCAAUGACUUGGUACAGGAACCUUCGCCCCAACUCCAUUCACUCCUGGACCGAGCUCAAGGAACUCUUUUUGAGCCAUUUCACAGCCUCCCGUCGGCAACCAAAGUCGGAAGUGAACCUUGAGGCUGUAAUCCAAGGAGCCGACGAGCCCCUCCGAGAUUACCUCGACAGGUUCAACAAAGAGGCCGUCCAAGUGCAGACGACCGGUUACAUGAAAAGAUACCUCCUAGAACGAGGACUUCUCCCCGGAAGCGACUUCAAGAAGGCUAUAAAAAUCGAGAAGGUGCCCACUAUGAACGCCCUCCUCCGCAAGGCCCAAGCCUUCAUCGCUUUCGAGGAAGGCAAAGCAGCUGCGAUCAAAGCUUCGAGGGGCAAUGACGUUGCCCGCAGCUCGAACCUCGACAAUUCAGGCUCGCGCUGA